UACGUACGUCGCCUCGAAGCCAAAGGUUGCUUGCACUUGAAGCUGAUAGCUUUUCUAGGCCGCUGGUAAGGAUGGAUGGUAUAGAUUUUAACAUACAGGGAAAGCCCUCAACUGACAUCAGACAUCGUGCAGGGCUCAUCCAUGUUUGCACCGGGCAUCCCUCGAAUCAUGGUCGAAUUCAAAGAAACAUCGCCUCUAUUGGCAACAUUUGUGGUAUCCAUCUAUGUACUCGGCUUCACCUUUGGUCCCUUGGUCGUUGCGCCUCUCAGCGAGAUUUAUGGUCGAGCGCCCCUGUAUAACUGGGGAAACGUAUUGUUCGUCCUCUUUACAGUCGGAACAGCCCUGUCCCAAAACAUGGCCAUGCUAAUGGCGUUCCGAUUCUUGAUGGGGCUUGCUGGUUCCGUACCAAUCACAAUCGGAAGUGGCAGUAUUGCUGAUAUAAUGCCGAUCGAGAGCAGAGGAAAGGCCAUGUCAGCCUGGGCUCUGGGACCUCUUCUGGGGCCUUGUAUUGGCCCUCUCGCCGGGGGCUAUCUGAUACAAGCUGCUGGCUGGAGAUGGGUAUACUGGUUGGUAACGAUCCUGGGCGGUAUAUUUAUCCCCGGUUCCUUCUUGCUCAUCAAGGAAACCUCUGGCCCCGUUCUCCUUAGGAAGAAAGCCCAACGACUUCGCAAAAGAACCGGGGACAUGUCGUCCAAACCGGCUGAAGAAAGCGGACAGGCUAUAGGUCAAAGAUUCAAGUUGGCCAUUGUCCGACCUCUGAAGCUACUCCUCGUUACCCCUAUCGUCGGUUUGAUGGCUCUGUACAUGGCAGUUGCUUAUGGGAUCUUAUACCUCCUCAUAUCCACUUUCUCGUUUGUCUAUAAGGACAACUACAAUUUCGACGAGGGCCAAGCCGGCCUGACCUUCCUUCCAGCCGGCAUCGGCAUGAUGAUUGGGGUCGUAACCUUCGGUGCUCUCUCCGAUGCUAUUGUCCAAAAAGCACAGAGAAAGGGACUGGAGCAUCGACCAGAGGUCCGGUUAAGCCCUGUCCUGACCACACCUUGUUGUAUCGCUCUCCCUGCUGGCUUGUUUAUCUAUGGGUGGACAGCGCAAUAUGCCAUCCACUUCAUUGUCCCUAUGCUUGGUGUGGCCGUCUUCAGCUGCGGGCUCAUGGGAGUCAUGAUGUCCGUACAGAACUACCUGUUGGACACCUACCCACCCUAUGCAGCAUCCGUUACUGCUGCCUUGGCUGUUCUCCGCUCUCUCGCUGCCGCCUUCCUACCUUUAGCAGGCUUGGACAUGUAUAAUACCCUUGGGCUUGGCUGGGGAAACAGCUUGCUGGGGUUCAUCUGCGUAGCAAUGAUCCCAAUCCCUUAUGUCCUCUAUACCGUUGGCGAACGGCUGCGCAGACGUUUCGAUCCAAAGCUCUAAUUUAAACAUGAUAUGCCACCCCCUGCCACUACUCUGCGCACCUUUACUUUCUCUCCGUGUCAUAGAUAUAUUCGCCUACAUACCUCUUAACGCACAAUCAGGUAGUGGCAUUUUGCACACUUGGGAUUGGGG